AUGGCCCCAAGGAAACCCGAAUUCAAUGUAGAGCAGGAGGUUACCUCUGAACAAAAGAAGGCUGCCCAAGAUUUGCUUGUGCAAAAUUAUGAGAUAUUUGCCACAGAUAUCUCCAAAAAUAGCCAGACCAUAGGAGUCGAUAAGAUAGUAGAAAAAUCAAAAUCAGAUAUUACUGGCCCCAGAUGUACAAUCAUGCAUGUUAAUGACAAAGCAAAGAACAAAUUGGUCCAAAGCAACAACCGUAGUAGCAAGACUCCAGAAAAAUCCAUGAAAGGGCCCACCAUUAUAACUGUUGCUGGAAAAGAAGACUUGAAACGAAAAGAAUUAUUGUAA